CCAAUAUCAGUCUCACCAAUUGCAACAACCUACAUCCAUGACGCGCGAACCUAUCCCCGCCAGCGCCGACUAUUUCGACCUGGGCACUCAUUCACGCGCCGUCACCACCAGCAGCGAAGAUGCGCGCGUCUGGUUCAACCGCGGCCUCGUGUGGGUCUACUCCUUCCACCACGGUGAAGCUGUCCACUGCUUCGAACAAGCCAUCCAGCAUGAUCCGUCCUUUGCCAUGGGCUACUGGGGUCUCGCCUAUGCCGUCGGACCCAACUACAACAAAGCAUGGGAACGCUUUGACCGCAAAGACCUGCACACCUGCGUCCAGCGCGGCCACGAAGCAUCCCAAAAGGCCCUGGAGCUAUCCAGCAACGCCACCCCCCUCGAGCAAGGCCUUUGCAGGGCUAUCGUCGAGCGGUUCCCCCGCGACACUCCCUUGAGCCCGGAAGACUACGGCACCGUCAACUGCGCCUACGCCGACGCGAUGAAGCCAGUGUACGAGCAAUUCGGCUCCGACCUCGACAUCGCCACCCUCUACGCCGACGCCCUCAUGAAUGUCACCCCCUGGGCCCUUUGGGACCUCUUCACCGGCAAGGCCAACCCCAAAGCCCGGACUACGGAAGUUCAGACCGUGCUCGAAACCGCCCUCACGCAAACAGGGGCUUACCGCCACCCCGGCCUGUUGCACCUGUACAUCCACUUCAUCGAGAUGUCUCCGACCCCCGAGAAAGGCAUCUACGCUGCGGACCACCUGCGCGACCUCGUUCGCGACGCCGGACACAUGCAUCACAUGCCCACGCACCUGGACAUUUUGAUCGGAGACUGGCGCGCCUCAAUCCGGUCCAACUACCGGUCCACCCUGGCGGACGACCGUUACGCUGCCAAAGCCGGCCACAACAACUUCUACACCUUCUACCGACUGCACGACUACCAUUCCCUGGUCUACGCCGCCAUGUUCGCGGGCCAGAAGCGCACCGCCCUGGACGCCGUGACCCGGAUGGAAGCCAGCAUCCCGGAGUCUCUACUCCGCACGCAUUCCCCACCAAUGGCCGACUGGAUCGAGCACUUUGUCGCCAUCCGGCUGCACGUCAUGGUCCGGUUCGGCAUGUGGGAGGAACUCAAGCAGAUGCCACUCCCCGAAGACCAAGCCCUGUACGCCAUCACCGCCGCCACCACACACUAUGCCCGCGGGCUCGCCCACGCCGCCACCAACGAGAUCCCCUCCGCCCGGAGCGAACAGGCCCUCUUCCUGGCCGCCCGCGAAAGGGUACCCGCGACCCGCCGGGCGUACAACAGCAAAGCCCUCGACAUGCUGGCCGUCGGCAUCCCCAUGCUGACAGGGGAGAUCGAGUACCGCGCCGGCCACUACGGGGUGGCCUUCGCGGCGCUGCAGGAGGCGAUCGAGCUCGAGGACCGGCUGCCCUACAGCGAGCCGUGGGCGUGGAUGCAGCCCGUACGGCACGCGUACGCCGCGCUGAAGCUGGAGCAGGGCGAGGUCGAGGAGGCGGCCCGCACAUACCGCGCCGAUCUGGGGCUCGACGAGUCGCUGAUCCGCCCGCGCAGGCACCCCAACAAUGUCUGGGCGUUGCAUGGGUAUCAUGAGUGUUUGGUCAGGUUGGGCAAGGCGGAGGAGGCGAAGGCGAUCGAGCCGGCGAGAAAUGUUGCGCUGGCUGGCGCGGAUAUUCCGAUCCCUGCUUCGUGUUUCUGUCGGUUGGAGGUUUUGCCGGAUGCGAAGUGCUGUGGGGGGGAGAGUUGCUGA